AUGGCAUCCAGUGUGACUCAGGCCUCCAAGGUGUGGGGAGAGGUCCCUCUGCCAGAGGACCUGGAGGCGGAGAAAGACGUCAAGGCAUCUCAGAGCUUGCUUGACGAUGAUGAGGACUUUGCUGCUGAUGAAGCUUCCGGAGAUCUGCCCAGUGGAGAGGAUGAUGGGAGCACACCGUGGCCUCCAGUCACUGAGAGCACAAUUUAUUACAGAGCUCUCGUCAACUUCACCGACUCCCUGGUCUACAGCCCUGAGCUCGAGGACCUCUUUUCUCCAGCCUUUAAUGAGAUCUCUGAAGCAGUGGUGGACACGCUGGAGUCGGAGUACAACAGGAUUCAAGGUGUCCAGACAGUCAGUGUGGUCAUCAUUAAGAAGAUGAUAAGAGACGACGGCGUGGACGUGUUUGUGGAGUUGGACGUGGGUUCGGACUACAACAGCAACGACGAACAGAUCCGCAGUGUGCUGUACAACGUGGUGAAGGAGGGAGCCAUCGCUUCCUACGUCACGUCAGUCCAGGGCUUUCAGUUCAGACGGCUCGGAGAAGUAACCCCCAGCAUCAGACCCUGCAUGCCAGAUGAGCACAGGUGUGGUGAUGGGACAUGUAUCCUGAUGGAAUACCUGUGUGACAACAGACCAGACUGCCGAGACAUGAGUGAUGAGACCAACUGUGAUGUAAGACCGCCAAUACCUCCAGUCUUCACCACCCCUCCCACCACCACCACCACCACCACCACCACCACAACCAAGAAGAUCCCACGGCCCGCCGGCCCACCUGGACCCUGCAGAGCGGAUCAAGCCACGUGCCAGAGUGGAGAGUGCAUCCCUCGAGACUACAUCUGUGACGGAGAGAGGGACUGCUCGGACGGAAGCGACGAGUUCAGAUGUGGAACUCCAUCUCCCUGUGAGCCCAAUGAGUUCAAGUGUAAAAAUGGUCGUUGCGCUCUCAAGCUUUGGCGUUGUGAUGGAGACAAUGACUGCGAGGAUAACUCGGAUGAGACAGACUGCCCCACCAAGGGUCCUGGCGACAGGUGUGCACCUGAGCAGUUUGAAUGCCUUAGCGACCGCACCUGCAUCCCAGCUAGUUACCAGUGUGAUGAUGAGCCAGACUGCCCUGACCGCUCCGAUGAGUACGGCUGCACCCCUCCCUCCGUGACAAGCCCACCGGAAGAGUCCAUCCAGGCAGCGCGGGGGGCGACGGUGACGUUCACCUGUCAGGCUGUUGGAGUGCCAAUGCCCAUCAUCACCUGGAGACUCAACUGGGGACACAUUCCUGUCAGCGGCAGAAUCUCCAUGACCAGCGAUAACGGCCGCGGCACCCUCACCAUUCGUGAUGUCAAGGAGGCAGAUCAGGGGGCCUACACCUGUGAGGCCAUCAACGCUAAAGGCCUGGUGUUCGGCAUCCCUGAUGGAGUGCUAACGCUCACAUCAAAUCCCAACCCAGGAAACUGUCCUGACGGUCACUUCAGUGUGGAGGGCCGCUGCGUGUCCUGCUUCUGUGCUGGAAUCUCCAAGAACUGCAAGAGCACCGGCCGCUACCGCAACCAGAUCAGCCUGCGCUUCACGGACGAGGAAGACUUCAAAGGAGUGAAUGUCACUUACCCAUCCAGGCCAGGCACUCCUCCUCUCUCCUCCACUCAGCUCCUCAUUAACCCCGAGAUGGAAGAGUUCCAGCUCGUCGACCUAUCGCGCCGUUUCCUCAACCUUGACUCCUUCUGGACUUUGCCUCGUCAGUUCCUUGGCAACAAGAUCGACUCCUACGGAGGGUCCCUGAAGUACAAGGUGCGGUACAUACUGGCGCGCGGUCUUACUGAGCCUGUGGAGAAGCCAGAUGUGAUGCUGGUUGGAAAUGGGCGCAGGCUUGUGUACCGCAGAGGCAGCGGCACCCCUGCCCAAGUGGUCAACCAGAAAGAGAUCAGAUUCACUGAGGAUAAGUGGCAGCACUCCAAUGGCCGCCCCGUGAGCCGGGAGGAGCUGAUGAUGACGCUGGCCAACCUGGACAGCAUCAGCAUCCGCACCAUCUACGACAACCACAUGGUCAGCGUGGCAAUCAGUGACAUCGUCAUGGAUACCACCACUGUGGAGUUCAGCAUUCUGGGUCAUGCCAAGGAUGUUGAAGAGUGCAGAUGUCCUCCUGGAUAUUCAGGCCUGUCCUGCGAGAUGUGCUCCUCUGGUUUCGAGCGUGUCCCUGGUGGCUCCUAUCUCGGCACCUGCGCUGGUUGCAACUGUAAUGGUCAUGCGAGCGCCUGUGAUCCAAUCAGCGGACACUGUCUGAGCUGCCAGCACAACACAGAGGGCCCUCAGUGUGACAAGUGUCGCCCCAGUUACUUUGGUGACCCGAGCCGAGGUCGCCCCGAUGACUGCAAGCCCUGCCCCUGCCCGUACUAUGAGACCUCACGCCGUUUCUCUGACACCUGCUUCCUGGACUUCGACCAACAGCCGACGUGUGAUGCCUGCAGGCCCGGCUACACAGGAAGACGCUGUGAAAAGUGUGCUCCUGGUUACCAGGGUAACCCCCUCCUGCCUAAUGGAAAAUGUGUUCCUAACCAAAGCUCCAAGUGCGAUAACAGAGGAACCAUCAGCUCCAGCAGCAGGCCGUGCAGCUGCAAGAACAACGUGGCAGGCGCUCUGUGUGACGAGUGUAAGGCCGGGUUCUUCCACCUCUCAGAGGCCAACCCCGAGGGCUGUCUACGUUGUUUCUGCAUGGGCGUCACCAAACAGUGCGCCAGCUCCACUUGGAAUAGGGAUCAGGUGCGAGGAGGGGUGAACGGGCAGCUCUUCUCCCUCUCCAACAGCGCCAACACUAAAACUAUCUCUGAAGGCAUCUCCCAGAGGGGUUCCUCUGAAGUUGUCUACCGCUCCUUCUCCAGCGUCCCCAAUGACAUCUACUACUGGGUUCUGCCUGAGAGCUUCAGAGGAGAUAAGGUGACGGCCUAUGGCGGGGAGCUUCGCUAUACGGUGCAAUUUACACCCUUUCAGCGCUCGCUGGUGAUUGACGGGAAGCCAGAUGUGGUUCUCCAGGGCAACGGCAUCUUCCUGGAACACUAUUCCCAAACCAAGCCCCUCCCACGUGUCCGACAAACCGUCACUGUGACCUUUAGAGAGUCUUCGUGGCGUCGCAGCGAUGGGCAGCCGUGUACCCGUGAGCAUUUGCUUAUGGCUCUGGCUGAUGUUACCGUUUUCAUGAUCAGGGCAACCUACACAGACAACAUGGACGAGAGCAGUAUCUCAGACAUCAAGAUGGACAUUGCUGUUCCUCACUCCACUGGUAAUGAACGUGCUCUGGAGGUGGAGGAGUGCGCCUGCCCUCAGGGAUACAGAGGACCCUCCUGCCAGGAGUGUGAUGAAGGUUACACGCGCACCAGCUCUGGCCUCUACCUGGGCACUUGUGAGAGGUGCGACUGCAAUGGUCACGCCAGCAGCUGCGACCCAGAGACCGGCAGGUGUCUGCAAUGUCUCCACAACACUGCUGGGCCAAGGUGUGAACGCUGUCAGCCUGGUUUCUAUGGAAACCCUGUAACAGGCGGUGCUCAGGCCUGUCAGCCCUGCCCAUGUCCUGGAACCACAUCCAGCAACCAAUUCUCCCCGACUUGUUAUCUGGAGUCUGAUGGUCAGCCGACCUGUGACAGCUGUCCCCCCGGAUACAGUGGCCGUCGCUGUGAAAGAUGUGCUGCAGGAUACACUGGCAACCCACAGCUGGGACAGAGAUGUACUGUUGGCAACAAUGAAGUCAAUGGUAACUGCUACAACUGUGACCAAAGAGGACGUGAGAUCUGCAGUGGUGGUGUGUGCCGCUGCAAGAUGAACGUUGAAGGCUCAUCUUGCUCCAGCUGUAAGCCUGGGACCUUCCAUCUAAGCCAGGAAAACAAAGAUGGCUGCCUGUCCUGUUUCUGCAUGGGCGUCACUCAGCAGUGCUCCAGCUCCACUUACUACAGAGACCUGGUGUCCUCAGUCUUUUCUCCAGGCAACUUCCAGGGAUUUGCUCUGGUGAACCGUCAGCGCACCAACCGCAUCUCUACUGGUUUCACGGUGGAGGUUUCCACUGAAGGCACUCAGCUGUCCUACAGCAACUUUGACUACCUGGGACAGGAGCCUCACUACUGGCAGCUCCCAGGGGUCUACCAGGGAGACAAGUACGCUCUGGUCUACAAAGGUUUCAGCUUGCACCAGGAUGAUCUGCUCUACUGGCAGCUCCCAGCGCUGUUCACGGGGGAUAAGGUGGGUUCUUACGGAGGUAAACUCAAAUACACCGUCUCCUACGUGGCUGGUCCAAGAGGAACGCUGCUCGACGAUGCUGACGUGCAGAUUAUUGGUAACGACAUCACUCUGGUGGCUCGUCAGUCCUGGCAGAGGAGGCAGCAGGGCAGCAGAGAGACUCACCGGUUUGAGAUUGUCUUCAGAGAGGAAAACUGGCGCCGUCCGGAUGGCAUGCCUGCAACCCGUGAGCACCUGAUGAUGGUUUUGGCUGAUCUGGAUGAUAUCCUCAUCCGAGCAUCCUACUCUACCGAGAUGCGAUCCUCCAGCAUCUCUGAUAUCAACAUGGAAGUCGCUGUGCCCAACUACAGCGGCUUGGCGCAGGCCCUCGAGGUAGAGCAGUGUCGCUGCCCACCUGGAUACCAGGGACUCUCUUGCCAGGACUGCGCCCCUGGAUAUACUCGCACUGGAGGAGGUUUAUACCUGGGUCACUGUGAGCUCUGUGAAUGUAACGGCCACUCUGACUCCUGCCAUCCGGAGACUGGCAUUUGCACGAGCUGCCUGCAUAACACUCAGGGCGAGCUCUGUGAGCAGUGCGCCCCUGGUUUCUUCGGCGACCCCACUGUUGGCACUCCAGAGGACUGCCAGCCCUGCGCCUGCCCCCACACUGACCCUGACAACCAGUUCUCCCCUACAUGUGAGAGCCUUGGAAAUGGAGGCUACCAGUGCACUGCCUGUCAGCCUGGCUACACCGGCCAGUACUGUGAGCGUUGUGCUACUGGUUAUGUUGGCAACCCACAGGAGAGAGAGAAGUGUCGCCCAUACGAUGCUGCAGCCUCCCUGGUGGUGAAGGUUUAUCCAGAGAGGGUCUUGGCAUCCCAGGGUGGCCCUGUCACUCUGCGGUGUCAGGUGUCCGGCUCUCCUCCGCACUACUUCUACUGGUCCAGAGAGGAUGGGCGGCCCAUCUCCGGCAGUGCGGACAGACGCAGACAAGGAGCAGAGCUGUACUUCCCCAAUGUUCAGCCGAGUGAUGCCGGCGUUUACGUUUGCACCUGCCGAGACCAGCGCAGCACCAACAGGAGCCGUGCUGAAAUUGUUGUCACAAGUGUCCAAUCCAGACCCAUUGAGGUGACAAUUGAGGAGCCCAAAGCCCAGACUGUCAGGGUGGGGUCUACUGUCAGCUUCAUCUGUACUGCAAAGAGCAAGUCACCAGCCUACACCCUGGUUUGGACCCGAAUGGGUAACGGGAAACUUCCCAACCGUGCCAUGGACUUCAACGGCAUCCUGACGAUCCAGAAUGUCCAGCCCGAGGACGCUGGCGUCUACGUUUGCACGGGCUCCAACAUGUUUGCUAUGGACGAGGGCAGCGCCAUCCUCUACGUGCCAGAGGCCUCACAGACUCAGAUGUUUUACACAGCCUAUGAAAUGUUUGAAGGACACAGAAAGCCUGGUGAGGGGGCCCAACCUGUGGCCACCAUUACUCCCUCAGUGCUGAAUGUCCAGCAAGGCCAGAGGGCAGAGUUUCGCUGCACAGUAACUGGGAACCCAACCCCCGCCAUCGAAUGGAUCGGAGGUCCAGGGAACAGACUGAGUCCCAGAGCGGUAAUACGAGGUGGCAUACUGACCUUCACAGCAGUGGACCCAGCUGAUGAGGGAGAGUACACCUGCAAAGCCCUGAACACUCAUGGCGAGCACACAGCGCGGGUUUCCCUCUUUAUACAAAAAUCUAACCCAAGUGGCCUAGGCACCCAGCCCCAAGUCCAAGUCAGUCCCCAAAAUGUUGAAGUCCAUGAGGGCGACACCUUGAGGUUGUACUGCCGUGCAUCUGGAUCACCCACACCGAAGCUCACCUGGCUGAAAAAUGGAGGACAAAUCCCUCCACAGGCCAUUCCCUCUCACGGUUUCCAUCAGUUUAAAAGCAACAGUGUCGAUGUGUUACAGAGACGUAUUGAGGAGCUGCAGGCCCGCAUGGAGCGCACCGACAUCGGCACUCUGCUCAUCCCCAACAUCAAGAUGUCCGACUCAGGCACUUACAUGUGUGUUGGCAGCAACAGCAUUGGCUCGAAUAGCGCUCCAAUCAAAGUGACGGUGCUCAAAGCGGACCAUAUCUCAUCAGUGGUCAGCAUCCAGCCAUCUAUAGCUGAUGUCCAGGAGGGCCAGAACCUGGAGCUCAACUGUUUGGCCCCCGGAAAUCCUCCUCCCCAAGUCACCUGGACGAGAGCCAGUGGACGCCUCUCCUCCAACCACCAGGUUCUGGGCAGUCAGCUGCGGAUCCUGUCAGCCUCUCCAGAAGACUCAGGAGAGUAUAUCUGUCGGUUGCAGAGCAACACUGGAAACCCAGGCUCUCAUGUCCACCAGGCCUCUGUCUCUGUGUCUGUCACUUCAUCUUCUUCACGUCUUCAGAGUCCAAUCAUCGCCAUUGAGCCCCACAGUGCUGCAGUGCGUGUGGGGGAGUCAGCUAGCUUCAGGUGCAGGGUGUACAGCGGAGCCCAGCCUGUCAGACUGGAGUGGAAACUGGCCAGCAACCAACCGCUGCCAGAUAAUGUCAAAGUCGGCCCUGAUGGUUCUGUUAUCACCAUCACCAGCGCGCGCCCUAUCAACCACGGUGCCUACCGCUGUGUGGCGAGCAACCCGUUCGGCAUCACUCACACCAUUGUGUCUUUGAUUGUCAAAGAGAUCCCUGUGGCCACCGUCACCCCCGUUGGACCUGUGCGCGUCAGAGUGGGCGAACCCAUUAACCUGGAAUGCCAGGCGUCAGGAGAGCCACGCCCCUCAGUGUCGUGGCACCGGCUGGACAGCAACCGUAAGACCAUGCUGAGCAGCCCUGUACCCAUGGAGUCCAAUGCAGUCAUGCAGAUACUCGUGGCACGUCCAGAAGAUAGUGGCACAUACGUGUGCACAGCUCGCAACAAUGAGGGCUCUACGGAGACCAAGAUAGAGGUGGUUGUUGAGGGAGGCUCUCAAGUUCCAUCAGUGCCCAGAGGCUCCGUUCCUGAGCCACUGAUGAUUGUGGUGGAGGGACAGACUGCGACACUGCGCUGCGAGGCCCACGGUUUCCCCUCACCAACAAUCACCUGGUCCAAGCUGCGGUCUCCUCUGCCUUGGAGACACAAGGUGGUGAACAACAGCUUGGUGCUGCCCAACGUGGGCCGGCAAGACUCUGGAGAAUACAUCUGCAGUGCCACCAACAACAUGGGCACCACUGACGUCACCAUCAUGCUAGAUGUAGAAACUCUUCCUUAUGCCACAUCUGUGCCUGAUGAUGUGGCUGUGCGUGUCGGCGAGGUGAUCAGGUUGCAGUGCCUGGCCCACGGCACUCCUCCUUUAACCUACACUUGGACCAAGCUGGAUGGAAACCUGUCCCCGAGGGCUCAAGUUAGCGGCGGGGAUCUCCAGAUCAACCUGGCCGCUGCCGAGGAUGCCGGGAGCUACAAGUGUGUGGCCAGCAACAAAGUGGGCAACAGUGAAGUGGUCGCCAAAGUCACAGUCAGAUCUCCUCUGGCGGUGCGUGUGUCACCCCAGGUUGAGGUGAAGGCCCAGGGCAGCGCUGUGGAGUUUACCUGCUCAGCAGCAGGUGGAAUAGAAACCAAAAUUGAGUGGCUGAAGGAAGGAGGCGCCCUGCCGCCAAACCACCACAUCAAGGAUGGAGUGCUCAGGAUUGAGAACCUUGAGCAGAGCAAUGAAGGUGUUUAUAUCUGCAGAGCGAGCAGUGUGUAUGGUCAGGCCCAGGACACUGCCAGACUGACCAUCCAAGCCCUGCCAAAGGUGAUGAUCAACGUGCGUACCUCGGUGCAGACCGUGAUGAUUGGGAACUCUGUGGAGUUUGAAUGCCAGGCUGUUGGCGACCCGGAGCCCACCGUCAAAUGGAGUAAAGUAGGCGGGGCUUUGCCAACUCACAUCAUGGUGAAAGGCGGCAUGCUGAAGAUCGAUCAAGUGACGGAGGCCGACGCUGGGCAGUACCGCUGUACCGCCACCAAUGACGUAGGCUCAGUACAGUCCCAAGUGGUCCUUAACGUUCAGUCCCUUCCUCAAAUUGCUGCGCUGCCAGAAACAAAAGAGGUGACAGUCGGGUCUGAUGCAGUCUUGCCCUGUGUGGCCUCAGGAUAUCCUGUGCCUGAAAUCAAAUGGUCCAAGCUGGAAGGAGAGCUUCCUCCCAAGUGUUUCCAGGAGGUCAAUGUGCUGACGGUCCCUCGCAUCACCCAUGACGAUUCUGGGACAUACGUCUGCACCGCCUCCAACAAACAGGGCAAAGUGGAAGCCUUUACUACACUUAUGGUUCAUGAGAGAGUGAUGCCGUACUUUGCCCAGGAACCGUUGUCUUACCUCACCCUGCCCACCAUCAAAAAUGCCUACAAGGCUUUCAGCAUUAAGAUCAACUUUAGACCAGACAAUGUUGAUGGUCUCAUAUUGUACGCUGGUAUGAUCCUCUACAAUGGCCAGAGGAGGACCACAGGAGCCGACUUUAUCUCUCUGGGACUUGUGGGCGGUCGCUUGGAGUUCAGGUUUGACGUGGGCUCCGGCAUGGCCAGUAUACGUGACCCCAACCCUAUCAAACUGGGAGAGUUUCACACCGUCGAGCUCUAUCGCAACCACACCCUGGGCUACAUUAUUGUAAAUGGAGGGGAGCCCAUCAACGGCAGCUCACAGGGCAAGUUCCAGGGUCUGGAUCUGAAUGAGGAGCUGCAUGUGGGUGGAUACCCUAACUACACACUCCUCGCCAAAACCGCUGGCAUUAAGACCGGGUUUGUUGGCUGUAUCCGUCAGCUGGUCAUCCAGGGUGAGGAAGUCAUCUUCAAAGAUCUGGACCGCAGCUCUACUGGCGUCACCAACUGUCCCACCUGCAAAGAUCACCCAUGCCAGAAUGGCGGCAGGUGUGAGGACUCGGAUGCCAGCUUGUAUAAGUGCAGCUGCCCCAGAGGAUUCACCGGAAGCAACUGCCAGCACCACUCAUCCCUGCACUGUCACUCAGAGGCCUGCGGACCGGACGCCACUUGCAUCAAUCGCCUGAAUGGCCUGGGCUACGACUGCCGCUGCCAUCUUGGCAAGUUCGGAAACAAAUGCAUGGAUGGAGAACUGGUGACCACUCCACUGUUUGAUGGGGAGGAGUCAUAUAUAGCCUAUCCCCCUCUGACCAACAUCCACGAUGACCUGCGUGUUGAGUUGGAGUUCAAGCCGGUGGAUAGAGACGGCCUGAUGUUCUUCUGUGGUGGGAAGAAAAUGAAGGUGGAGGACUUCGUCGCCAUCUCCAUGGUGGACGGACAUGUAGAGUUCAGAUAUGAACUGGGCACAGGCCAAGCAAUCCUUCUCAGUGCUGAGCCAGUCUCUCUGGGCCAGUGGCACAGAGUCGUGGCCGAGCGGAACAAGAGGGCCGGCCACCUGAGGGUCGACCAAGGCCAAGUGGAGAGGAAGACAUCUCCAGGAAAAGCCCAGGGCCUUAAUAUCCACACCCCCAUGUACCUGGGAGGAGUCCCCAACAUGGACAUCCUGCCUAAGCCUGCAAAUGUCAGCGAAUUGUUUCAGGGAUGUAUAGGAGAGGUUUCUAUCAACAACAAGAAGAUGGAUCUGUCCUACAGCUUUACAGAAAGCAGAUCUAUCCGCAAGUGUGUGGACAACAGCCCCUGCGACCGCCGGCCCUGUCUGAACGGUGGUCACUGCAUGUCGAGUGCUGAGUAUGAGUACCAGUGCCUCUGUAGGGAUGGAUUUGAAGGUGAGCGUUGCGAGGUGGUGAAAGAUGUGUGCCAGAACAACCUUCAGUGCCAGAAUGGCGGCAGCUGUGUCGACGGUCAGUGUGUGUGUGCACCUGGCUACACAGGCCUGAACUGUGAAGAAAGCCAGGUCUCCAGCUUCCCCGAGGCCCUGUGGAAUUUGGAAGCUAGCGAGGCAAAUGAUUCACCCUACCAAUAUGCAGCUCAUUUCCACAAUGAUGGAUACAUUGCCCUUCCUAAAUCCAUUUUCCCAAGAAGUGCCCAUGACUCACCAGAGACCAUCGAACUGGAAAUCAACACUGGCUCCUCUGAGGGUCUGAUCCUAUGGCAGGGAGUGGAGACCAAUGGCGCACGCAAUUUGCGAAAGGUGCAUGCUAGUAAAAAGGAACUCGGAGAACACGGCAGAGGCAAGGACUUCAUUAGCCUCGGCUUGCAGAACGGACAUCUUGUUUUUAGUUACCAGCUGGGCAGCGGAGAGGCACAGAUCUUGUCCCGGAGGUCUAUCAACGAUGGGAAAUGGCACAAGAUCACAGCAGUCAGAACUGGAAAAGAUGGAUAUAUCCAGAUUGAUGGAGGAGCCGCGCUACAUGGACAGUCUAAAGGCAAGAGCCUCAUGGUCAACACCAAAGGCAGUAUAUACCUUGGUGGAGCCCCAGACAUGGCUGCUAUGACGGGAGGCAAGUUUUUGUCAGGAAUGACGGGCUGCGUGAGGAACCUGACGCUGAUGAACGCCCGGCCGGGCCAGCAGCCGGCCCAGGCCAUCGACCUGCAAUCCCACGCAGCCCACGGCAUCAACGUGCAGCCGUGCUCUUCAUAGACCGCAGCACACACGCCA